UGAUUGCGCCCUUAUCCUUUUUCUUUGCUUUCUUCCUUUUUUUCGCUUUUGUUUCUCUUUUGGGUUCUUCUUUUAUCACGCCUUUCUCCCCUUUCAUUCCUGUCGGGAAUUUCAGGCACUGGAAAUCAAUCUACCCUUCACCUGUCAUUCCAUUUCUUGACCAUUCGGCUCUUACCCUUAAAAAAAAAAAAAAAUCUAUAAUGGCGUAGUUAGUUCUAUGUAGAGACAAUAGAAAUGAUGAAAACUUGAAAAUGGAGCAGAGCAUGGGUUGGUGUAAUGAUUUGGUCUUUUACUCUUUCCCCUUUCCUUUCCCUUUCCUUUUCGGUUUGAAAGGGAGAAGGAAUCUCAUCCCAGACGCCCCCUGAGAUGAGAUUGAGGCGUCGCCAAUGCAUUCCAUCCUGCGCCUCUCUUCGCAGGGAUGAUGAGGAUGAAGGUUAUUGGAGGCGAAAGGGCAGACAUGAAGAGGUGGCAUGGGCACAGAAUUUUGCUCACGUAAUAUCACAUUCAGCUCAAUGUUUUUCUAAUGCUAUGGUUGGAUCAAGAUCAUGGAUAGGAGCACUACUUUAUCGUUAUGUCAAUAAGCGACAUGGAAAUGAUAGAUCUCUUGACUUUCCUUUGAGCCCUCUUCAGCAGGAGAAAAGACUGCAGCGGCUUCAAGAACGAUUGCAAGUGCCUUUUGAUGAGACUCGACCAGAUCAUCAAGAAGCUCUCAAAGCAUUGUGGCAGGUUGCUUUUCCAGAUACUCAUCUUAAAGGUUUGAUCUCCGAUCAGUGGAAAGAAAUGGGGUGGCAAGGUCCUAAUCCAUCUACUGACUUUAGGGGUUGUGGUUUUAUUUCACUAGAGAAUUUACUGUUUUUCGCGAGGACAUAUCCGGCUUCUUUUCAUAGGUUACUAUUCAAACGGGAUGGCAACCGAGCCACUUGGGAAUACCCAUUUGCUGUUGCAGGAAUUAAUGUAUCAUUUAUGUUGAUUCGGAUGUUGGAUUUGUGCUCAGUGAAACCCAAAUGUCUCCCGGGAAUAAACUUUGUGAAAAUAUUAUCAGAAGAUGAAGAAGCCUUUGAUGUACUAUAUUGUAUAGCAUUUGAAAUGAUGGAUGCUCAAUGGCUUGCUAUGCGUGCUUCAUACAUGGAGUUUAAUGAGGUAUUACAAGUAACAAGAACCCAAUUGGAGAGGGAACUGUCCUUAGAGGAUGUACAUCGAAUUCAAGAUUUACCAGCUUACAACCUCUUAUACCAAUAGUCUCUUCUGUGACUAACAUGUUAAAAGUCUUCAGGAACUCCCACUUGGAAUCACCAUAUCAAAUCUGCCUUGAAGCUGGUGCUACUUGGCACUGGAGGUCCUUAAUGGGAACAUAUAGAGUCUGUAUAAAGCACUUCGCAAGAAAAUUUGCAUACAGCCACAGUGCAUGCUGGUUUAAGCUCAACCUCUGCAUGGCCCAAAGCCAGCUCAAGAGAUUCUAUUGCCCCCUCUCUCUUCCCCCCCCCCCUCCCCCCCCUUUCCUCCUUUUGCUGUAAAAAGAUAAAUCAGGAAUAGGUAUCAUCAAAUUGGUGAUGAUUGCGUAGGUUGUAGCCCCCCAUGAAACAGAUGCUUUUAUGGAUUGGAUAGUCUUUUGACUCUUUACACGCAUCACGCUAUUUGUAUGAUCUGGGUGCGUUGUGUUCUC